GGAUUGUAGUUUAAAGUGCAGCGACUCAGCGCCGAUGUCAUCGACGUGCUGAACGACAGCUCCCACAAGCCAUUGCAGGAAGUACGGCUCUCAUGCUUCUGUUAUGUUUUUUGUUAUUGUUUCAGGUUAGUGAAGGAAAUGAGUCCGUAGAGGAAAGUGUGGCGUUAUCACCAGAGGCUUGGUUGGUUUUUUUAAAUCGUCUUUGAAACCAGGCAUUAUUACAGAGUCGGUUCGAUCAGACUGGUUACUUGGAGACGUUUCUAAUAAAAGGCACCCACCAUUGUUUCGUGUUGCCAUGGAUAAGGAUUGGCCAGUGGAGUUUAGGAACGUUGGCUGCAGUUACUUCCCUCAGAGCAGAGUUGAUUGCCACUACACAGUAAGCUCUCAGCACAACUGGGCCAGCAACGACUGGAUAGGACUCUUCAAGACAGGAUGGUCGUCUGUUAAGGACUACCACACCUUUGUUUGGGCACUAGCCCCUGCUGACUAUGAAGAGGGCACAGAUGUCAACUGUUGUGUCCACUUCCAUGCCUCCUACCUACCAAAGCCCAGCUCCCAGGAGUAUGAGUUUGUAUACAUUGAUGGAAAAGGUGAAGUCUGCUCCUGCAGCUCCAAAUUUACCUUCUGUGCUCCAAAACCGCUUGAUGAACUGGUGACUCUAGAGGAGGAUCUCCAUGAAGAGGAGGAAGGUACAGGCAUGCUGCUGGUGAUACCCAGGGCUGACCUGCUGCAGAGUCGACUGCAGGAGUGUCUUCAAGAGCGAGCAGAGCUGCUCCAGGUGCAGGAAGUGGAACAGAAGCACAGAAGGAGAGAACGUGAGGAGCACAACAAGAUAAAAGAAUCCUGGGACAGGAGACGCAAGGAGUUGGAAAGUGACAUCCUGCUGCUGCAGGAGGAGCUGGAGCACAGUCUAGAGAAGAUCAAGGAGAGGCAAAUACAACAGAAGGAGGAGCAAUUUCUGAGAGAAUCACUGCUCCAAGAGCAAAGGGCUUUAUUCGAGGUGAGAGAGAAAAGUGAGGUGAGAAUCAAAGAGCUGGAGGAGGACAUCAAAACCCUGACUCUGAGAAGCGUGGAGAGGGAGACCGAGAUGGAAAGGCUGAAGGAGAGAGCAAAGAAGGUGGGCACGCAGAGGAAAGAAGAUGAGAGUGAAAGAAAGACUCUUCAGGACAAGCUGGAACAGACAGAGGGCGAACUGAGAAGUCUGUCUAAAGAGUUCCAGGGUCUCAGAACCUCACUGGCCCAAAGAGACACCAGUGUCAUUCAGCUCCAAAACACUAUCACCACUCUCACCCAGAAGCUCACGACUGCCCACAGGAAAGAGGCGGAAAGUGAGGCCGUACUAAAAGAGAUGCGGAGCCUGCGGGAGCGCCUGAAUGCAAGCGAACGUGCUACAGAGAACUUGGUGAGGGAUCUAAGUGCCAUGGCAGCCCAGAGGAAACACAUGCAGGGUGAGCUCUAUCAAGCCCAGUCACUGGCCGCACAGCAGUCCUUCCAACUCGCAGAUAUGAGUCUUGCCAUCAGAGAAGGGAAAGUGCAGUGGACCCAGGAGAAGCAGGACCUGCAGCGUAACGCUGAGAAGGACCAUGAGAAGCUGGAGGAACUUAAAGCAGAAUUGCAGCAGAUGGAGGAGAAUCUGCAGGAGGAGAAGAUGGAGAGGGUGAAGCUGGAGGUUGAGCUUGGAAGAGAAAAGGAUUGCAACCGGGUGCAGCUGAGUGAAACACGCAGGGAACUUCAGGAGCUAAAAGCCUGUCUCAGAGUCGCCCAAAAAGAGAAGGAGCAGAUUCUUACAGAGAGAAAGGAGCUGAUGGAGUACAUCUGUCAGCUGGAGCACAAGAUGGGCACGGUGACCGGUGCCAAGUGGAGCGCUGCCCUGAUCUCCUCUGCAGUGUCAGGUCGACCGGUCAGCGUUUUAUCAGACUCUGAAGAUGAAAACCCAGAGGCCCUGCAGACCCUCCACUCACCACGACCUCUGGGACACUACAGCCUGUGUGAGCAGGGCCAGCUUGACUCCUUGCUCCUGGCCAGCCCUCCUCCCUCCCCAAAGGAGAUGGAGAGGAGCACAGUGGUCAUCAACCAGCCGGCUCCUCUCUCCUCACCACACCAGGCCAGCACUGAGACGCACAGUUCAGAUUCGGAGGAGGAAUCUGACCUCCUACGGUGUGGAACAGACGCCUCAGGAGAGGAAGCAGAUCUACUGCUGCCAGAGCAGACAGAGACUGUUCUCAGUGAUCUGGCCGACACCGCUCUCUGGUAACUGGUGGAGGGUCCAGCUGUGGCCGCCGAGACGGGGAGGCUUCCCGCGGGUCCAUGUUAUAUCCAAAUGACUUCCACGUACGAGCACACAGACAUCUGGCUUUAUCACACAGUUUUAAUAUGCAAUUGAUAUGUGAUUUGCCGUGAACCUUGUUUUUCCCCCCUCAUAAAUGGUUUGUCUUCUUUAGUAAUGACAUAAUGCAUGUGGUGACAGGUCAACACCGUGUUUAUGACUGACAUAAGACUGUUGCAUAGUUUGAAGCAACGGGCUUUUAGGCACGGGCUGGAGCGUUUGAGAGUUCACGGGCUGUAGCAGAACGAUUUCUGUUGAAUCAUUGCUAUGUCGAGAGCUUUACGACGGAUGUUAUGUCGUUUUUAUGACAUUUGUGAUUAGGAGUCAUGACAGGCACUGUAAUUAUGUUUUGUGCGAGCCGGGCUCCACUGAAAAUCAUGGCAAAACUCUCAUCCGGCAUUAAAUUCUCAGCAGCAGCUUUGAGCGCUAUUCACGGCGGCAUAAAGUAAUGAUACAGCAUCAUGCUAAAAUUAUAUUGCGGUAAUGUGGGUCUAUGACAUCAUAUUUCUCCCCCAUUUACUCAGAACUAAGAUUUGAUAUGCACUUUCUUGUAGGCAUUAGCCGUUAAUUGUCAUGCAGUGGCAGUUUAGCAGAUUUAGUGAUACGGAGGUGCUUUAAAAUAGACGGGCGUUCUAAAAUAGAGAGCUUACGGAACAGAUUGUGUUUAAAGUCCAUCAAGCUAGAUGCCGGAUGCAACUUUCCACUUGAGUGACUUGGUGUCAUCUUUAUGAUAAAAAUUAACGCUAACAUGCCAUCGGCUGUAGAUCAGAUGCAGUUUUUACUCCUCAAUUAAUGACCCCACGUUCUGCGUUUCAAAACUAUCCAAGUGAAAUGCUCCUCUACUGACAGGUCAUUUGGAUUCUCAGCAACAUAUUUUUAAUACCUAUAUAUUAUAUGGGUUGCAUCUUUAGUGUCAGACGUCUCUCUCUGCCGCUCUGCACAUUGUGCCUGAAAAGGAAAACAUUUCUAGGUUUUUCACUACAUCACGACAUGUUUUUAACUCAGCAUUUUAACCAACACUCGUAGUCAAUGCUAAUUUUUCAUGAAUUUUUGUGUUUAAUCUAGUGGAGUUAUUCUGCUUUAGUUGAGAUGAUUUCUCAUCGCCUCUGUGCAAUGUGUGAUAAACAAUUUAACAUUCGCUCGCGACACUUUGAUCCUCAACUCUACCUGCUGUUUUUUGCACCUGAUUUUUUACUAGAGCAGAGUUUUAGAUAAAAUUGUGAUAUACGGAUACCUAAAAAUAUGUCAGAUGGGUUUUUUAUCUUAAUCGUAAAACUCAUGCGUGUGUGCGUGAGUUUACAGAUAUUUUAUCAGCGCCAUUUUUUAUUCUUUGCUUUUAAACACUCAAGAUUUAAUAUUGGGCUUGUAUUGCUUCAAGAUGCCAGUGCUAAUGAAGGGAAUGCUAUCAAGGUGCUGGGUUUAAAUCAGCCAGGGAAAAACAGGUUUUAAUGUUGUUAAAGAGCUCAGGCGGUGAAGAGUGAUGAAUGUGGAGGCAGUAAAUGUUUGUCUCACCUCUCAGUUACUCGCCGUUCCUUGGAUUUCUGAUUGACAUCCAUCUCGUAGACUGUCAAAGAAAUGGAGGUGGUUGUUCUCUUCAGCCCUCAGUCCAGUUCUACAAUGACAACAAAAUCAGACUUUUAACCAAACUACAGAAAAAAGUUUAAAAUUAUUGAAUUUUUGCAACAGAUUUUGAUUUCGGGAAAAUACGAUUUCAGUCGUAGGCUACGCAAAGCAGCAGGUGGUGAGAAAGACACUCCUCAGAAUUCUACAAAGAAGGAAUUUACUGAUGGAAAUGUAGUUUGCAAAACUGUCUUAGAUCUUUUUGACUUGGCCAUAAAUCCAAACUCCAAGGUGACAUCAUAAACCAACAAAUCUGAAGCAGCUUGAGUGACUCACAGAUUAAGAAGAGAGUGGAAUACUUGUAAACUUGCAUAAAAAUACCCCAAAGCACAACAAUGUAAUACUCAGCAAAAGAAUAUACACUACUAUUAGGGUAAUAACUUCAACACAGAAAUGUUUAAGCUUUGUAAAAAAAACAUUUUGUUUCUGCACGCAGAAGUUAAUAAAUAUUACAAGCUUAAAGGCGUAAGAAAAUACUUUAUAUUUUAUAAAAAUGUUGUCCUCUA